CUCUAUGUCAUAAAGAAGGACAGAUGUUCCAAGGCUCUAUGUACAUAGUGUAGGCGGAGCUGUGCUCGCACGGUGCACACAGGCAGACACCUACAAACAGUACAUCAAUAAACAAGGUCCUCUGGAGACACUGGAAGAUGGGCUGUUGAGCCUGAACAAAGCCAUCGUGGAUUAAUCCCCAGCGAAUUGACCGCAAAGCUUACCAUCAUCAUCAUCAUCAUCAUAUAUACAUUCAGAAGCCUCUGCACCCUGAUUUAAAUGGACUGCAGCCUGGACCUGCUUUAAUGAGAGCUUGAUGUGAUCGGAACCAACUGGAUCCAGCCCCAGAUCAAAUGAAAGCCCUAAUCUGAAUGAUUAUUAUUAUUCCAGUUCAGGUCAUAAACUGGAUACAAAUUCGAACUCUCUAACCUUGCUGCACCCCAAACCUGGUCCAGCAUUCGAGGUAUUGUGCUGGGAUGGAAGCAGGAGGGGGUAAGAAGAACCUCUUGGAUUAAAUAAUUGGACACCGGCAUUUCAGAGGUAUGAUCGCCCCUCUCACGUUAUCCAAUUAGUGAUGAUGGCUGUGGGGUUACUGUUCAUUAAAUGUUUUAUUAUUCAUAACCUGCCUUGCAGUGUGCCUGUAAUCUAUUCAGUGACAGGGGAGUGGUGGCUCCCAUCUCCCUGGGAAUGAAAAGGUUAAUAGAAUGUGUACAUAAACAAGCAGUGUUCCAGUGGUCCUUCUGCAAUCUGCACUAGUGUCAAUCCACCUCCCUCUCCCCCCACCUCCCUCUCCUAAAUGACUGCAGGAUAAUUGAGUUUCUGGCAUGCUGAAAUGCCAUAGGAUCAUUGUUAAUGGAUGCAAAGAACAAUAGGUUCUCCAUAGUAAUGAGGUUACUCUGUGUUCAGCUGCUCUCCGUCAGGCUGCUAAAUCUGAUUCACUAAAUCCACAAGGUAAUUCUUCAUUCUGUCUCUCACUGUAUUAUUAUUGGUGUGGUUUGACAUGCAGGGUAUAUAUCAUUAUGGGGAUUUCUGCUAAAUAAUGACAUGUUUGUUAACAGAUCAGAUCUUCUGCUGAAUGCAAAUACAUUCAGACCCUUGUUUCUGCAAGGGUCUGCAAGAUUUUCUAAUGAAUACAGCUUAAAUAUUGUUAUCUGAUGCCCUGUGUUUGACAUAUUGUAUCCACCAUGUUUCUUGGACAAACGUUUUUUUCUUCAUGAUAAUGGGCAACACAAUGAGAGAUUCUGCCUUGCAGUGUGCAGGCUCCAUAUACUGCAAUCAAAACAGUUAAUUUAGUAGACCAGCCACCUUGAUUAUUUGACAUCUUCCCUGCAGCAUAUUAAUGCUGUAUAUACAGCAUGGCAGCUCUUCUUUUCAUUGUCUGCUCAAUUACAUGAGGGAGCCCAGUGUCGUGUAGAGAUGACAAGGCCCCCAGGCUUCCUUGGGGUAUUUUGGUUGUAAAUUGUGACAAUGAUGAGAUUUGGGUGCUUUGUUAUCUGCAUAUAACAUGUUGGUGAGGGUCUUGUGCAACUAAAUAAAGCAAUUGAGGGAGUCAUGUCUCAAGGCAGAUCUGGUGGGUCUGACAAACACAUUACCCAACUCUAAACCAUUACGCUUCAAAAUGGCCUCCGCCUUUAUAAUUCUCUUUCAUUGCUCAGAGCCAUGGUUUCUGCAAAUACCCCAUCCACCUUAAUAAUAUAGCCCCCAUUUCCACCCAUGCUAACAGCUGCGCCUCCAUACUGUCACAGAUCUACCCCACCCCUUCAAGCCUCCCCCCCCACUCCCCCACUUGCAAACACCCCGAUCACCAUGGCAAUAACUCUUCUUGAUAAACCUUCAUUUAUAAUUCCAUUUACUUGUCAAUAGCCGUAACCUCUUAAAUUAAAUCUUCAAAUACCACCAACCAUUUUAUUUAGUGCCAUCCUGCAUAUACCCUACCCCUCCUGUUAUAACCACCUUUCUUGAGGGCACACUCCCAUAAAGAGAGUAGUCUUCCUCCCCCAACACAACGCACAAUUUCACAGUCAUUACUUUGCAUCAAUAAUCUUAGCCUCUUUGUAAUGCAUGCACAUAUUGCUAAUUUGCUACGGUCUACUUCUUAGCAGAUUUUUAAGAUUAGUUAUAGAAGCAUAGACCUUAUCACAUCAAAAUCUAUUUGGUCAUGUUCACACAUAUUCCUUUCCCAAGUCAUUGGUGCUAUUUUUCAUUUUAUAUUUUUUAGAUCACUGCAUUAGACCUAACCCAUUUUGCUUGCAGGCUACACCGUGCACAUAUAACCCUUUCAAUAAAGUAUUAUUUCACUGCCUCCCGACUUAAAGGGACACUAUAGUCACCAGAACAACUACAGCUUAAUGUAUUUGUUCUGGUGAGCAUAGUCAGUCCAUGUAGGCAUUUUACAGUAAACAAUGUCUUUUCAGAGAAAAUGCAGUGUUUACAUUACAACCUAGGGAUACCUUCAGUGGCCACUCCUCAGAAGGCUGCUAGAGCUGCUUCCUGGAGCAGUGCUGACAUCCUGUGUCUCCACCCUCUUCAUGGAGACACUGGUCUUCCUCAUAGAGAUGCAUUGAUUCAAUGAUUCAAUGAGUAGAUGCUGAUUGGCCAAGGUGGUGUUUGGCUCUGCCCAUCGACCUGCCUCCUUGGUUGACAUCAUCAGAAUUGACAAUCUCAGCCAAUCCAAUGCUUUCAUAUGGGAAAGUAUUGUGAUUGGCUGAGAUAAUCAUUUCUGGGUAUGUCAGCCAAGCAGGCAGAUCAGGGGCAGAGCCAGCAGACUGGAAUAAAGGUAACAUUUUACUAUAUUUAGGGGGGCUAGAUAGUAUUUUGAACACUAUAGGGUCAGGAAUAUAUGUUUAUGUUCCUGACCUUAUAGUGUUCCUUUAAUGUAGCUCUAAAUAUAAGCUAUACCCACAACAGCCAACAUUUUCGCUUUCAUACUGACAUAUGGUGUUAGAGACAGGAUGCUAAUGUGUCUCAUAGAAUUCAACUCUUAGCAUCUGCUUGUGCGACCUAUGGACCUUGCAUACAUGAUUGAGCCAUCUUCACACCAUUGUAUUCCUACUUCAACGACCAAUUCAUAUUCGUAUAUUUCUUCUAUCAAACCUCAUCCAUUACACCAAUUCCCUUUCUAAACCAUCACUAAUACAUUAUUGGAAUUCCAAUAUGAUUGUUGCCAUUCUCCUAAUUAUUACACUGUUCCUUUUCCCAGACAAAUUAUAAUUUUUUUAUUGAUAAAGUAGCAGUGCUUUGCAUCAUCCUCCUCCUUUCUAAAACUAUUUUUGAUUGAUAAAUUUCUCCCACAUAUCCCAAAAGAUAAUCCAAAAUCUGCCCCCCCACACACACUUUGGUAUCCUCCCAAAAAACAACUGUACUGCAUCCUUGUUAAAGAGAACAUCACGUAGGACAGCAGUGAUGUUUAAAGCAAUCCAUCAGCACAGGUCAUGCACAAACCAUUCCAGUAAAAUGCAAGAACUCAGUGCCUUGUUGCACAUCUUCUCACCAUUACAUGUCCCCUGUCCUAAGCUCUUGUAUAUGACUGGUCCAUAGAUUUCAGACCUUGAUGUAAACUGCAACAUGUGGAAUGGACUUUUGUUAUUUAGUGUCCUUGAUUUACAUUGAACAUCAAGCAACCCACCCAGCACUUUGAGGUUUAACCUAGGACCAUCCGUUUUGGUCCCCUUUAGCUGUUGUUGGACUAUAAACACGAGGUUUCUGGUCCAACGACAGCUAAGGGCAACUUUGGACAUUUUCAGUUGAAAUAUCGCACUUGCCACUUGUUCUGUUGUUGUUGAAGUUGUGGUCAGAGUUGACGAUGGGGACUUUCUCCAUACUUUUGUCCUAGUUCUGAAAUUCACAUGUCUUUGCCAUUUUGUUCUUUUACAGACUGGUAACAAAGCAUGUGACAACGCAGUCACCUUUCCAAAGAGGCUUCCUUUAUCUCCUUAGUGUCUGUCUUUGAUUUCUUAGAACAAUCAAUCAGUUUAGUCAGCGCGCUAACUGAUGAAUGCACAAUAUGUGCACAUUUUAAGGGUUUUUCACUAAAAUGUGAAGUGCUGGCAAUUCAAAGUGAAUUUUUAAUUUUUGGCUAAAAUAAGUCUAUGAUUCUAGUUCAGCUUUUUGUAACCUAAAAUUAAAAUUUGCUUUUAAUUCACGUUACAGUCCAGAAAAUACCCACUUGUAGCGAAUAACCCUGAAUAAUAAUAAUAAAUAUUUACUAAUGAUAUAAUAUGACCAUAAAUCCAUGUCUCCAUUUCAUAAUUGUUCUCUCAAUGUCUUAGAGGGACUUUGGUUUCAUAUCCACAUAAAAUCAAAAAUCUAUUGCUUAACUGUAAAACCCCCCCGAUAUAUCCAUAUUAUGUUAAGUAGCAUAGGUGGCCAAACACUUUAUAUCCAGCUGCUCUGCAACUGUAUUUCCCAUAAUCCUUUGUUGGCCCUAUUCUGGUUUAUUUUACUGAAAUAAGCCUUGGUUUAAUUCAGGUCAUCUUUAAAAUCAACGGUCCCCUAGGCUAGGACCAUGCUCAUCCUCCUAACCAAAGGAAAGCCCAAAGGACACACAGUACAGUACCCUCAAACAUCCAGGCAGUCACAAUGGGGGAGAUUUAUCAAAUUGUUAUGUUAUAAAAUGUAAUGCAAAAGGGGAAGUUCAAGGGAUUAUUAACAAUUAAGCUUUUGACAUUUUAUAUAAACUGUGAAAUAUUUCUUUCUUCUUCUUUUUCAUCUAGGUUCUCCAUACUUAUUUUACAAAUCCUGAAAUGAUGCUAAACACUCCUUUCACCUGCUGAAAAAUACCCGGUUUUCACAGAAAAAUCCAGUCCCCCAAAAUCAUGGGCACUGUACUCUCCGUGUCCCCAAGCUAUCGCAAGGCAAGUCUUUUUGAUGGAGGGGCAAGUGUAGGCCACUAUACAGCCGUCCAAAACAGCAAGAAUGGGAAAUCUUUGAAGAGGCACUCCUUCAUCAAUGUAUUGCCUUGGAAGAGGCUUGUGGCUGUCUCUUCCAAGAAAAAGCAAUCAAAGAAAGCAUUACAAAACAGUGGUUACCAGAAUGACGUUGACCAUCUUAACAAUGAAAAUCUGAAGAAAUCUCUUUCCUGUGCCAAUCUCUCUGCUCAAGAUUCAAAAGACGCUCUUAUCAAGGAUGUUGUAUCUUCCAAAGCCAAGGAAGCUCAACCGCAGCACGCUCGUGUGUCACCAAAAAGGGUGGUGGUGCAGGCUUCCACCAGCGAGUUGCUGAGAUGUUUGGGUGAAUUUCUUUGCCGUAGAUGUUAUAAGUUAAAGCAUCUCUCUUCCACAGAGCCUGUUUUAUGGCUUCGAAGUGUGGACAGAUCCUUACUUCUUCAAGGGUGGCAGGACCAGGGAUUCAUAACACCUGCCAAUGUAGUAUUCCUGUACAUGCUUUGCCGAGAAGUAAUCUCAUCGGAGCUCACCACCGAGCAAGAAUUGCAGGCUGCUUUGUUGACCUGUGUGUAUCUCUCUUACUCCUACAUGGGCAAUGAAAUCUCUUAUCCCCUGAAGCCUUUUCUCGUUGAGAGCUCCAAGGAAGAAUUUUGGGACCGGUGUCUUUCUGUCAUUAAUAUGAUGAGCUCUAAAAUGCUCCGGAUCAAUGCUGACCCCCAAUAUUUCACCCAGAUUUUUGCUGACCUCAAGGCUGAAGGGAGCCACCAAGACAAGACCAGGCUAUUGAUUGGGCUGGACCGGUGAGCAAGAUAGAUCGACCAGAUGAAGACUACACCGUAUAUUUUGCUGACAUCUGGAGAGAUUCCUAGUAUUGUUUGACUUUGAUUGUAUGGAAGAUCUAGAGCAUCGUUUGCAAUUAAUGCAGGAAAUAAACUGCUCUGAUGUGUUCGUCUGGCCUUGAGUAGAGUUAUCACUGCAUCAAAAUUCUGAAUGCCAUGAGGUCAAACCGUAAAAUUGUCUGCUAGUAAGGCAGUCUUGGGGGUUGUACACUAGAUACUCUGUCAUAAUGGCAGGGUAGGUGUCCACUUUAAAAUAUUGUCCUAAAAUUUCUUACAGGCAUGUUAAUGUAAGGAAUUCUGUAUUGAAAAGUGUCUGCAAUCAUGGCAAUCUUAAAAAAAUAAUAUAAGGUUACGUAAUUAAAUUCUCUGCAUAUUUAGCAUGGUAGAGGCCACACAAACAGGGGUUAUUAUUCACUAAAAUGUGAAUUGUCUGCAAUUUUUAAAGCAAAUUUCAAUUUGCAGUUUAGUGAACAGGCCUGUAAUUCUCUCUCUCUGCAGGCUUCUUGUUAGGCAUGCAAAAUUCUGGAAGCCUGGUAAAAGUAAGAGUUAUUAAAAUUGUGACAUGAUUGCUGUUGCGAACGCAAUCCUGAUAUUUACAUUUCAUUUUUGGUAAUUUAAAGUAUCUCCCACUAACACCCUAAAUCAGACCGUGAUAAACUGCCGGCUUGUAAUUGGCAACUGACUUGUUUAACGUUUUUUUAAUACCCGAUCUCAAAGUGUUAAUAUUCACAUUUACAGAAUACAGGAUACAUUUUUGGUUUCAUAUUGAAACAGAUUACAUUGAACUAUUCGUACAAUCGUGUCAUUAUGUCAUCUGGCAAGCCGUUAGACUUUGCCCUUUUCUUCUCAAACCUGUUUUUAGUAUAUUCACUCAGGCUUACAUUAAUGUGCUCUAAAUAGGUUUGUAGGAUACACUAUGUUUUGUUUUCCAGGACGUUAACAUUCAACACAGGACAGCAUUUGUCUUGUGCUCCCUGUCAGUAUUUUUAAGGGAUACGUGUCCUUCUAACCGUGGUAGAUCUGACAUCUCUACCUCUAAAUUAAUUGCAUAGACUCAUAAACCAACUUAGUGCGAUCCAAUAUAUUUUCAGAUAACUAAGGCUGUGCAGUAGUUGUUACGGAAGACUAUGGGUGUACGACCAGUGCAAGCAUACUUUGUAAUUGUGUUUGUGUUCACAACGCGGUACUAUAACUUUAAAUCCUAAAGUGGAACUGUCACUAGUGAAAUUACUGCAUGCACAAGUAAGUAGCUAAAAAAGUUAGUUAUCGUUUGUGUUUUUCAUUUUUUUUUUUUUUUCCUUCUUUCCCAUGCCUGGCUGCCUGGCAUAGUUUGUAAAUGUAACCCCUUCAGUGCCAUACUUAAGUGUGGUGUGCCCAUGGCAUUAUGGGAUAGCUGAAGUCUCCCUAAAACACAGAAAUGCUAUAUAAGUAAAAAAAUAAAUAAAAUUAACUUAUUGCCACUGCGUUAUUCACCCCAGUAACCAGAAAUGUGUGUGAUACUGGUCCUGAGGAGUUUUGAAGACCUGCAGAGAUUAUAUUCACCAAAGUGAGAAUUGUUGGAAAUUCAAAGUGGAUUUCAAAUGUAAGGCCAAAUAGCAGAACUGGAAGCAUAGUUGGCUUGGACAAUUUUUUACAGUUUGUCUAUUUCGGACACUAUAGUCACCAGAACAACUACAGCUUAAUGUAGCUGUAUAGUAUGUCCCUGCAGGCAUUUUAAUGUAAACACUGCCUUUUCUCUGUUUACAUUACUUCCUAGGAACAGUCCAGUGGCAGUCACUGAGACGGCCACUACAGGUGCUUACUGGGUCAGUGCUGCACAGUGUGCAGCACUGACGUUCAGCGUCUCCAUGUCCCCAUAGAGAUGCAUUGAAUCAGUGCAUCUCUAUGAGGAGAUGCUGAUUGGCCAGGGCUGCGCUUUGCCGUGUGUGCAUUAGCCUCCCAAUGCUUUCCGAGAUUGGCCAAGAUAAUCGGGGAGGCGGAGCGGGGGCGUGGCCAGCCAUAAGGAGACCCGCACAGCGCUGGAAAAAGUUAAGCAAUCUCACCUUUUUCACAGGGAGUAUGGACACCUAAAUGGUGUUUUUCAACUUAUAGUGUCAAGACUCAUUUGUGUUCCUGACAUUAGAGUGUUCCUUUAAAUUUGAAAUUCACUUUUAAUUCUCUACAAAAAUUCACAUUAAUGAAUUACCAAACAAUGCAUUAUGAUGAAAAUUAUCUUGCAUUAAGGAAAGGCUUAGGGAGCUACACCAUUCCAAGCAAAUGGAUUAAAGCUUACUGUAUUGUCGGGAGAACCACUCAAAAGAUUAGUCUAAUUACCUUGUAAAAUGUUAAUCUUUCUGCUGAAGUUCCCAAGCAGUGCACAUGCCGCAACUUCCUGGCACUUAUUCCUAAAGGGGCAGCACUUUUAAUCAUAGUAAUAUCUGGAAGUGAUGCAUCACGCACGUUCGCAAUCAAUUUAACGCAGGUCUGCACUGUAUAUUUUCCUUUCUACGUUAGUAGAAAUUUAAUUGGAAAACCAGCUUAGCUGUUUGCACCAUAACAUCUGAGAGGCAACUUAGAUUUUAAGACUUAUUUGGAAUAUUGUGUAUCUUCUAGAUCCCUCUGGGAGCUGAGAGGAACUUAGGCCAAAGUAGUUGAUAUGGGAAUACUCCCUACCUCAGCUAGUCUGGUCUAACAUUUUCAAUCCCCUUGUAAAUUCUCCAAAUUUCUCAGUUUAAUGACUAAACUGGAUUUUAUUUGCUUAAUUUUUCAUGUGCAACAUUAGCUCCAAGCCUGACAGUUUAUAGCACAUGUAAUAUUGCAGAUUGUAUUUCUUUAUAUCGGAGUUUCACUUUAAAUGAUUAUCUGGAAGGGAGAUGGUGCAAGUAUUGUGAAGUCAAUUAUGCUUAAAUUCUAUUUUGGGUAUAAUUAUACUCUAACUAAGCACCUAAUUAUCUUUACAAGCCAGUAUGCUGACUACUGAGGACGCUUAACUCCAAAUUUUCCUUCUCUCGUUGAGCCAUGUGAUGCAUGACAAAACCAGUUUUAUGAGAAACCUGUCUAGCCAGGUGCAUUGUGGGAGUAAGAAAUGUUCGCCUCCCGUUACGCAGUAUAUUUAAUGCACACAUGUCUGGCCUAGAAUUGGCUAGGCCACUAGUUUAUUGGCACAGGAAAUGUCCCUUUAAAUGUGAAUUUAGCCCAUAAAGGAAUACAAAUCUGGGCUUUUUAAUAAUAAUCUAUGAUCUAAAAGUUGCAUAUAAUUUGCACAAAACUGUAAACUUUUUAUUUUUUAUUUUUUGUUCUUUCGUCUGACCAGGGAACUUAUUAAUAAUUAUGUAGAAGAGUUAGACGCUGUAUGAAUUUUCGAAAAUGGUGCAAAACCAGGAAAAUCCACGUGAUUAAAUAAUCUGCAGUGGUUAAGGGUGUGUUACUCACUAGACAGUGAGCUGAUGUAAACUGGCAAGAAUUGAUUAGGUCAAUAUUGAAAAGACACGGACUAUAAAAAAGGUUGGUGUUUUUUGGUUUUUUUUGUGUGCCAAAAUGUUGCAAUUCUUGCCAAUUCACCACAGAUCAUAAUUUAGUGAAUACGCCCCUUGAAUAUGAAUAAAUAUCUAUAUAACUUUGAAGCGUGCCAUUUGUUGAUGCCAUUUAAACUGCCAGAGUGAUUAGGACUUUAAUCAAAGCAUAUUAAAGGCUCGUGGCACAACUGAUAUUGUUAAUAAUGGCAAAAUAAAAUACACUUUUUUUUAAUGUUUUUUUUUUAUUAUUAUUUUUUUAUUACUUAUUAUGAAUCAGUGUUGAACCGUUGUGGUAUUUUCCAUUUUUUUGUUUAAAAAAAAAAAAAGAAAAGUUAAAAAGUGUGUGUAUAUGUGUGGAGCCAUGUGCAAAGGGGUAAACAAUGUUCACUUUUAAAGCGAUAUCAAUAUUUAAAAAUAAAUGGUUGUUUUAUAUAUAUUUUCAUUUUUUUUUCGUGGUGGUUCUGAUACUUUAUCUUAAUGGAAAAGGAUGUACGUCAGAAAUGGAAGCUCUGCUUCUUUUUUAUCUGUGUUGGCACAGCAACUGCAGAGUGAAAGGUUAGCUUCCACUGUUUUAGGUCUUGACUUACUACAAAACAAAAUGGCAGACUCGAAGAAGAGAUUUGUGGGAAAUGAAGUAAGCACAGCUUAGAGUAAACGUCACCAGCUGCAGACAUACCUCCCACCAUUUUAGAUAGACAAAGAGAGGCACUUUAAGUUUAGGAGUGUGGCUGUGAGGGGCAGGUCUGUUCUGAGAAAUUUUAGGUGACUUAAUAAUAAUUUAUAAAACCUCAAAUGUAGUUUAGAACAAGAACAAUGUAUCUUACACAGACUGGAUUUUAAACACAUUAAUUGUAGUUUAAAGACACAUUACUGAGAGUAUUAUUGCUCUGGAGCUCAGACACACCAACAAUAUGGAGCUCUUAGAAAUAAGGGACAGAGGGAUUUGGGCCCAAUGUAGGGACUGGUCCUCCUGAAUAGGGGCACUUGGCAGGUAUGAACAGGGAAACCUAAACUGGAAAUAUCUCCUGGAAAUUAAACCAAAUUUUAAAUAUUGGUAUCGGUUUUAAAUGAAACUAGACCACCUGUUUAAAGUAUAGAUGGUUCUGAACUACUGUAUCUUGUUGUUGGGCUGUACAAGUGUGGGAAUUGAUACCACCAAAAUAUCAUGCAAUAAAGAUGCAGCUCUGGUCACCUGAAACAAAAUCCAUGCUAUGAGAUGGGCAUGAUCGUAUAAACCGCAAUCAAAUUUGUACUUGUUAUUACUAUUAAUAUAGAAAGACAAUGAAUCCUACAAAUUAGGAUUUUUCAGAAAAAAAAAAAAAAACUACGUUCAAGGUCUAUACCGUAUUUGUCAUAGUUGAAAUAUGAUUUGGGAUUUAUUCUCUAAACUGCAUUCUCCUAGGUCAAAAACAUUUUUACAAACUGGAAAUGGAAAUAGCAGAAUUGAAGGGAAAGAAAAAAACCUCCCCAGAUUUCUUUGUCAGUUAAAUUUAACAUUAAACUCAUGGUAAAUUGUGGUAUAGUGAAUAGACCUAUUUUAUGUAUCCUAAACAUGUUGGGUUCACAAAUUUUAUAGUAUGUGAUCUGUGUAUUUGGCCGUUUGUUAGAACUUUUAAAGGAUGACUUGCUGUAUAAGCAAACGUAUGUAAAACGGACCAUUAUGUGAAAAUGUGGCAUAUAGCUACCGUCUGCCAAUGUGUGCAAUAUAUUACACAAGUAAAAUUAACCCAUCUUUUGACAUGGUUUGGUGUGUAGCAUACUAUUCAGAAUGGGAGCGAACCAUUAGAGUGUCAAAAUGGAUGCAGCCAAUGGGAGAUGAGAAUCUCUCUGCCCUUCUCCUAUUGGCUAUACUGCGUAGCUUCACGUCAACAUUCCAAAUUAGAACACUCUCUUAUAGUAUAAGCCGGCAUACCAAUGAUGGGUGACCUAGUCUCUUCUGGUUGGACAAUAUAAUUUUCCCAUGAUUCUCAUUGGGGUUUUUUUUGUUUUUUUUUAAACUCACCUGCAGUGAAAAGACAGCCAUCACAGAUAUUGAGAGAUGUGGGUGUUAUUGCAUGGCCAAAAAAAAUAAAAAUAAAUAAACUUAUCCCACACAUUUAACACAGGGUAUGUAUGUUAUAAUAUAACCAUUUGAGCGUCUGGCAAUUAAACUGUGCUAUACAUAUGUGCGUAACUUAAGUUUAAUGUAUUAGUAGCAUUUAUUUGUUUACAUGAACGUGUAAUGAUGUAUGUGUAGUUUCUAUGUGGAUGACACUAAUGCGGGGUAAAUAGGAGGAGGGUUGUAGGUGCACUCUUUAGUUUGUCCUAUAAUAAAGGGGGAAGUAAAAUCCUUCUUGUGUUGAAUUCUGUAUUUUUUAUUUAUUUUUGUACCGUGAGGAUUAAAUGAAAACUCACACUGAAAUGUCGUAUGUGUAUUAUUUCUGGGCGUUCAAUUCAUUAUAAUCUCUGAUCAACACGUUUCAAAGCAAUUUUGGGUGAUGGGAGUCAGGAACACAAUUUAUACAGUAAUGAUGGAAGCAAAAAAAUAGUUAGAGAAACCCAGCAGAAUGGAAGUUUCACUACGAGAUUACUAUAAAUGGGUAGAAGCCACUUCACUAG